CGGUCUCCUCAGGCGUCCCGGUGGCGGCGGCGGCGGCGGGCGGCGAGUCGGAGAAGCUGACCAAGAUGGCCUCCCUCUUGGAAAGACUCCAUGCCAAGUUUAACCAAAACAGACCGUGGAGCGAAACCAUUAAGCUGGUUCGACAAGUGAUGGAGAAGCGGAUCGUGCUAUCCUCCGGAGGGCACCAGCAUUUGGUCGGCUGUCUGGAGACCUUGCAGAAGGCGCUCAAAGUGACGUCUUUGCCAGCCAUGACUGACCGACUGGAGUCCAUAGCGAGGCAAAAUGGUCUGGGCUCCCACCUGAGUGCCAGCGGCACGGAGUGCUACAUCACGUCAGACAUGUUCUACGUCGAGGUCCAGCUGGAUUCCUCCGGGCAGCUGUGUGACGUCAAAGUGGCUCACCACGGAGAGAAUCCAGCAAGCUGUCCGGAGCUGGUGCAGCAGCUGAGGGAGAAAAACUUUGACGAAUUCUCGAAGCACCUUAAGGGGCUCGUGAACCUGUAUAACCUGCCGGGGGACAACAAACUGAAGACCAAAAUGUACCUGGCCCUUCAGUCUUUAGAGCAGGAUCUGGCGAAAAUGGCCCUGAUGUACUGGAAGGCGACCAACGCCAGCCCCCUGGAUAAGAUUCUCCACGGCAGUGUUGGCUACCUCACCCCGAGGAGUGGGGGGCACCUGAUGAACCUGAAGUAUUACGCGUCACCCUACGACCUCUUGGAGGGGAAGACGGCGGCUCCCAUCGUUUUGCACGAGAACAACGUGCCUCGGAGUCUGGGUCUGAACGCCUCGGUGACCAUCGAGGGGACGUCCACGAUGUACAAACUCCCCAUCGCCCCCUUGAUCAUGGGGUCACAUCCGGUGGACAACAAGUGGACCCCUUCCUUCUCCUCCGUCACCAGCGCUAACAGUGUCGACUUACCUGCCUGUUUCUUCCUGAAAUUCCCCCGGCCGAUCCCAGUGUCCCGGCCCUUUGUUCAGAAACUCCAGAGCUGCACGGGAAUCCAACUCUUUGAUACCCAGCCUGUUUACGUGCCCCUCUACGAACUGAUCACCCAGUUUGAGCUGUCCAAGGACCCGGACCCCGGGCCCCUGAACCACAAUAUGCGCUUCUACGCGGCCCUUCCCGGCCAGCAGCACUGCUAUUUCCUGAACAAGGACGCCCCCCUCCCGGACGGACGGAGCCUGCAGGGCACCCUCGUCGGCAAGAUCGCCUUUCAGCACCCCGGCCGGGUCCCCGCUGUCCUGGGCCUCAUCCGGCACCAGGUGGCCUACAACACCCUGAUCGGGAGCUGCGUCAAGAGAACGAUUCUGAAAGAAGAUUCUCCCGGGAUCCUCCAGUUUGAAGUCUGUCCCCUCUCUGAUUCCUGUUUCAGUGUGUCCUUUCAGCACCCUGUGAACGACUCCCUGGUGUGUGUGGUGAUGGAUGUGCAGGACGCCACGCACGUCAGCUGUAAACUCUACAAGGGGCUGUCGGACGCCCUCAUCUGCACAGACGACUUCAUCGCCAAAGUCGUCCAAAGGUGCAUGUCCAUCCCGGUGACGAUGCGGGCCAUCCGCCGGAAAGCGGAAACGAUUCAGGCCGACACGCCCGCGCUGUCCCUGAUCGCGGAGACAGUGGAAGACCUGGUGAAGAAGAACCUGCCCCCGGCUAGCAGCCCAGGGUACGGCAUGACGGCAGGCAGCAACCCGCUGAGCGGGGCCACCCCGCCGACCAACCCUUUUCCGGGGGGGCCCAUUACCACCUUGUUUAACCUGAGCAUGAACCUGAAAGAGCGGCACGAGGCGGUGGGCCACGGGGAGGACUUCAGCAAGGUGUCCCAGAACCCAAUUCUCACCAGUCUGUUGCAAAUCACAGGGAACGUGGGCGCUCCCCUCGGCUCGAGUCCUACCCCUCCUCAUCACACGCCGCCGCCCGUCUCCUCGCCCGCCAGCAACACCAAGAACCACCCGAUGCUCAUGAACCUUCUUAAGGAGAACCCGGCCCAGGAUUUCUCCACGCUGUACGGGAGCAGCCCCCUGGAGAGGCCCAACUCCUCCUCCUCGUCCGGCUCGCCCCGGACCGAGGUGGGCCCGGCGGGGGUCAAGCCCAAGAAGAAGAAGGCGUCCAGGGCGGCGGCGGCCGCGGCGGCGGCGGCGGCGGCGGCGGCCCCCCCCGCCCCCGAGAAGCCCCGGCACCAGACGGAGGACGACUUCCAGCGGGAGCUGUUCUCCAUGGACGUGGACUCCCAGAACCCCAUCUUCGACGUCAACAUGGCGGGCGACCCGCUGGACACGCCGCACAUCACGCCGGCCCCCGGCCAGUGCGGCACGCCCCCGGCCGGCUACCCCCAGCCCCUGCCCCCGCCCCAGCCCGGCGUCCAGAGGAUGGUCCGCCUGUCCAGCUCGGACAGCGUGGGGGCCGACGUGACGGACAUCCUGUCGGACAUCGCCGAGGAGGCGGCCAAGCUGCCCGGCGCGGGGGACGACUGCCCGGCGCCGGGGACCCCGGCGCGCGACUCGUCCGGCUCGGGCCACUCCCAGGGCGCCCUCUUCGACCCGGACGUCUUCCAGGCCGGGGCCGGCGAGAACCCGUACACGGACCCGGCCGACCUGAUCGCCGACGCGGCGGGCAGCCCCGGCGGCGACUCCCCCGGCAACCCCUUCUUCCCCGACGGCGUGGACUUCAACCCCGACCUCCUCAACGGCCAGAGCCAGACGGGCUUCGGGGAGGAGUACUUCGACGAGAGCAGCCAGAGCGGGGACGACGACGACUUCAAGGGCUUCGCCUCCCAGGCGCUCGGCGGGCUGGGCGUGCCGGGCCUGGCGGGCGACGGAGGGGAGGGCAGGUUCAGAGGCCCCGGCCCGGCCGACGCGGCGGACUUCGGCCUCGUCGCCGCGGCCGGCAAGGCCCCGGGGCCGGCGGAGCCGCCGGAGCACCGCGGCGGGAGCCAGAGCCCCCUGCUCGGCGGCGGGGACCCGGCCAAGGAGCGGGCCCCCAAACGGGCCAGGGACGGCAACGGGGCCGGGGCCGGGGCCGGGGCCGGGGCCGGGGCGGACGGCAAGCCCGGCAAGCGCAGCCGCACCCCGUCCAGCGACGGCAAGGCCAAGGACAAGCCCCCGAAGCGCAAGAAGGCCGACCCCGAGGGCAGGUCGCCGUCGCACGGCUCGGCCGUCCGGCCCUUCACCCCGCCGGCCAGCACGGGCGGCUCCAAGUCCCCCGGCAGCUCGGCCAGGUCCCAGACCCCGCCGGGCGUCGCCACCCCGCCCAUCCCCAAGAUCACCAUCCAGAUCCCCAAGGGCACCGUCACGGUGGGCAAGCCCUCCUCGCACGGCCAGUACUCCGCCGGCGGCCCCGUCUCCUCCUCGGCCGGCAAGAGCCACCACGGCCACUCCUCGGCCGCCUCCUCCUCCUCCUCCUCCUCGUCGUCCUCGUCCUCCUCUUCGUCGGCCGGCGUCUCCGCCUCCUCCUCCUCCUCCUCCUCCUCCUCCGCCUCCGCCUCGGGCAAGGCGAAGGGCGGCAAGUCGGACGGCGCGGCGGGCUCCAAGCUGGCCGGCGGGCUCUACCCCGGCCAGGGGGGCCCCGGCCCGCAGCCCAAGGGCUCGGCCCAGCCGGCGGGGAAGCCCGGCUCCUCGCCCGUCGCCAAGCACGGCGGGCCGGGCGGCGGCCCCGGGGGCGUCAAGGCCAAGCCCCAGGGGAAGCCCUCGUCGCUGAUGAACCCGGCCCUGGGCAAGCCCAACAUCUCCCCCUCGCACUCGCGGCCCGCCGGGCCCUGCGACAAGCUGGCCUCCCCGCUGAAGCCCGUGCCGGGCACGCCCCCGUCGGCCAAGGCCAAGUCCCCCAUGGGCUCGGGGGCCGCCGGCGGCCACGCGGCCGGCCCCGGCCCGGGCCCCGGGGCCAAGGCGUCCUCGGGGCCGGGGCCCGCCGGCCCGCCGGCCCCCAAGCCGCCCUCCGCCUCGGGCCCCUGCCCGGCCGCCUCGGCCGCCUUCGCCCCCGGCGGGGGCCCCGGCCCCGCGGCCCCGGCCCCGCACGGCGGCUCCAAGGGCAAGUCCCCCAGCCGGAACAAGAAGCCCUCCCUCACGGCCGUCAUCGACAAGCUGAAGCACGGCGCGGUCGCCGGCGGGCCCGGCGGGGAGGACCCGGCCGACGGGCCGGCGGGCCCGGGGCCCGGCGUCCCCGGCCACCCCGCGGCCGCCAAGCACGGCCUGUCCGGGCCCGAGUUCCCGGGGAAGCGGGAGAAGGGCGACGGCAAGGACAGGUCGAAAGGCUCCGGGGCCGGGGGCCCGGCCGACCCCGCCAAGAAGGCCCCGGACCCCAAGGGCGUGGGCGGCGGCACCGGGGUGGCCAAGAUCAUCAUCAGCAAGCACGACGGCGGCUCGCCCAGCAUCAAGGCCAAGGUGACCCUGCAGAAGCCCGGGGACGGGGGCGGGGACGGCCUGCGGCCCCAGGCGGCGGCCGCCGCCAAGGCCUACGGCUCGCCCCUCGUCAGCGGCUCCACGCCCAAGCACGAGCGCGGCUCCCCCAGCCACGGCAAGUCGCCCGCCUACACCCCCCAGGCCCUGGACAGCGAGAGCGAGUCGGGCUCCUCCGUCGCCGAGAAGUCCUACCAGAACAGCCCCAGCUCGGACGACGGCGUCCGGCCCCUGCCCGAGUACGGCUCCGAGAAGCACAGGAAGCACAAGAAGGACAAGAAGAAGGUCAGGGACAAGGACCGGGAGCGCGACCGCGACAAGAAGAGGUCGCACGGCCUCAAGCCCGACGGCUGGUCCAAGUCGCCCGCCGCCGCCGCCGCCGACCAGGCCCUGGCCGUGGCGGCCGGCGCCGUCCUGGCGGCCGAGAGGCCCUCGCGCCUCAGCCCCGACUUCGUCAUCGGCGAGGAGGACGACGACCUCAUGGACGUGGCUCUGAUCGGCAACUAGAGGCCUCCCCUCGCCGCGGCCGCCGGGGCCCCGGGGGGCCCUUCCGCCCCGGUCUCGGGAGCGGGCCGGAGCGGACCCCCCCCGCCCCGGCGGGGACCGCCCGGCGGCCCAGCUCCCUACUCCUGGCGGCCGGGGGAAGGGAAACCGACCGGCCCCGGGGCCGGAAGCCUCCGGAGCGUUGCUGCGGGAAGACGGCUCCCCUUCUCCGUACAGAUGUGUAUCCGUGUAUGUCUUUUUUUUUUUCUUCCCUUUUUCCUUUUCGUCGUCGUCCCCCCGCCCCAGCCACCGCCCCGCUCCCCUUCGCUGUUUUUAGACCGCGCUUUGAGCUUUUAUUUUAGCACGUGGACGGGAGAGGCCGGCCGGGACCGCAGAAGGCCGUCUGUCCUCCCGGGCCGGGGCCCACCGGGCCCAAGCGGAGGAGCCUGUCGGGUAAGACGCCGAGGCCCGGGGCGGGCCCGCCCGCCCUCCCGCCGGACCCCGGGGAGGGGUUUUAGCUAUUUAUCUGUCGACGUUUUAACUCGCCCUCCGCGGCUUUUUAUCCACGGUUUGGGUGGGGCGGGACUACGGUCUCUCGCCGCCCCCGGCCCGAGGGAACCCUCCGGCGGAUCCGCUCCGAGGCGGGGCCCGGGACGCCACGCCGGGGGGCUUCUCCGCGGGGGGAGGCUUGGAUUCCGAGAGGCCCGGGGGCUCGUCCGGCCCCGGCGGUGCCCAUCUGGAGGCUUGGCCUGGAGAGCCGAGCCCCCGGCGCUCGCCGGCCGAGACGCCCCGGCGGCGCCGAUGCGUCCGCGGGCGCUCCCUCCCUCCCGCUUGCACGGAAUGGACUGCGGGGGGGACGGUUCUCCUGCCUCGACAUGUGCCAAAACCUCUGCCCGGCGCCCGCCACGGAGGGCGACGCCGGGCCGGGGGCCGUCCGGCUCCUCGGUGUCCUCGAGCCCCCGGAGCGUCGGGCGCCGCAGUAUUCUCUUCCAGCUCCGGGCGGAAGGAGGGAGAUCGGGGAGGACCCGAGAGGUCGGGGCCGCCGGGGUCCCCGUCGUCGGCUACCGUGUAGCCACCUAGGUGGACGUUUCGGGGGAAGGUCCCGGGUGGCCGUCCGCGUGCCCCUCCCUCCGCCCCGGGUCCCGGGGUCCCCCCCCCCCCCCAAGCUCCUGCCGACCCGGGCAGAUCUGGGGUUUGCCAAACCGGUCCCGGCGGCGGGUCGUUUCCGUAGGCGGGCGGAGCGACGUCUCCCCGCCUCCGGGGCCUUGAGCUCGGGCUUUCUGCGGCCUCCCCCGUCCACCCACCCCUCCCCGGGGCUGCGGGGUGCGGGGGGGGUGCCGCCUCCCGAGCUGCCGGCCUCGCUUUCAGUCUCCCAACCUGCCACCUCCGGGACCGAGGACCGGGGGAAGUGGGAAAGUGGCAAAGGGCGUCGGCUCCCAGCGGGUCGGAAUCGAACGACCGGGGGCCGGGCGAUCGCGGGAGGCGGAUUUUGAGACGCCGCCCCAGGGACGGGCUUUUCCCGGGGCCGGUGCGGGGGAGGCGGUCACCCGCCGUGAUGCCACCGGUUGGCGAGACGGUCAGGGGGUCUAGGGUCUCUGACCCCCGCUCUGGGCUGGAGAAGCCACCGAGCGCGACGUGCGAGGAAGUAUUGAAGUUCCGGGGGCUCUGCGCUCCCGCAGACCUCGCCGGCAGCCGCCGCGACGUGCGGACGGGAAGCCGGCGUUCUCCCUUCCUCCCUCCGUCCCUCCCCCGAUCCAAGAAGCCCAGGGCAGUAACUCUUACCGGAGGAGUUCUCCUCAGGCCAUCCCUCCCGCUGACCCGGCACCCCAACUCGCUCAACGGCUGCACCCCGUCCGGCAACCGGGAACCACAUUUCUCUGCGGGGCGGAGGGGGAGAGGUCGCGACUCCUCCCUCUCCCGAUUCCGGAGGCAGGCGACCGGCCGGAGGAAGCCCGGCGGAGGGGAGGAAGGGUACGUUAUCCGGACCCCCUUGCCCCGGGCCUGCGGCCGGACUACGGUCCGUUCCCACGCCCGGCCCGGAUCCCCGGGAAAGGAUCCCCCGGGGUGACGGUCGGCGGAAGACGGGCCGGUCCGGGUGCUCCGGAGCGUUCCCGGACUAGAAGACGUGUUCCGUGAGAAAAGUAUUUGGCGGCGAGGGGAGCGACGGGACGGGAGAUCAGUCGCCAAACCCAGGCCCUGGGCCGGAGGCCUUUCUCCCGGGACUCGCUUGGCCUCCGAGGCCUAGGUCGGAGACGGUAGCGUCACCGGGCGGGGCCGUCGCUUCUACCAGAUCUCCCAGUUUCCCCAGUUUCGAGGGAAGCCGGUGAGUCAGUCGGCGGCCGGAGUUGAGUCACGUGACCAUCGCGGCCUCCCAGCCGAGGAGGGGGACGUCUGUUCCCGCGCGCCGCACUCUUCCGGGGAAAGUGUUUUCGGUUCGGUUGUUUCUCUUUCGCCUUCGGAUUUUGUUCGUCUCUUCCUUCGCCCUAACGGAGCGGGCCCCGCUUCUGGGGCGGAGACACCCGCCCGCCGGAGCACCGGAAGCCCGACUCCGACCGAGCGGGUGACGCGCGUGGGCGUCGUCUCCGUACAGGCCGGCGUUCGCCUGGGCCUCGAACUGCCGGGUGGGUUUGGAUUUUCUUUUGGGUUCCCCGCGAAAGAACCCGUUGAUUUAUGAGCAAAUAAAUUCCUUUGAUUACGAGCAGCCCCCC